AUGGGUAUCCAAGGUUCUUUCACGGCCCUGGUGGCAGCACUGAGCGUUAGCUCAGCUGUGGCAUUCAACGUGAUUCCCCGCCAAAGCAACGGCACUGGCGAAACAAGCCCGCACUUUUCGGAUGUGUCCGACUACAUCGAUUCCAUGAUUGACAAGCUAUGGCCAAUCAACAAGGAAAUCCAUGACAACCCUGAGCUAGGCUAUGAAGAAGUUAAAGCCCAUGACCUUCUUACCUCCUUCAUGGAAUCUCACGAAGGGUGGAAUGUUACAAGAUCCAUCUACAACAUCAGCACAGCAUUCGUCGCAGUGUUUGAAGGAUCAGGUGAGGGACCUGUUGUGUCCUUCAAUGCCGAGUAUGAUGCUUUACCUGGACUGGGACACGCUUGUGGGCACAACCUCAUUGCGACAGCCUCCGUCGGAGGAGCGCUUGCUGCCGCUGAGAUCAUGCGUGCUGAAAGCCUUCCUGGCAAAGUGAUUUUGUUCGGCACUCCUGCUGAAGAGAGUCUUGGUGGCAAGGUCAAGCUCCUUGAAGCCGGCGCCUUCAGGGAUCAUAACAUCGACAUCUCACUCAUUUCUCACCCCACCAACGGCGGCGACUCUCCGUACAUGAUCACCACAUCGACCGACCGUUUCGAAGUAGAAUACUACGGCAAGGAAGCCCACGCGGCCGCGUCUCCUUGGGAGGGAAUCAACGCUCAAGACGCCCUGGUACUCGCCAACAAUGCCAUCGCUCUCCUCCGUCAGCAGACGCGAUCGACCGACAAGAUUCAUGGUAUCAUUACCUCCGCAGGAACACGCAUCAAUGUCAUCCCCGCGCUCGCUCAAGCGUCUUUUCAAAUCCGAUCCGCCGAGGACGAGGCCCUGGAAGAAUGGACUGAGCGCAUCAUCAAGUGCUGGGAAGCCGGUGCCCUGGCCACAGGCGCUGAGCUCAACGUUACCAAGCGCCCAUACGGCUACUCCAACAUGAUAUCCAACGACGUUCUCGCCAGCUCCUGGUCAAAGUACUUCACCGAACUUGGCGGCAAAGUCCCCAACGCCGAGGUUGAUAAGCUGCGCGAACCGAGUGGUAGCACCGAUCAGGGAAAUGUUAGCAAGGACUUCCCCACGAUCAGCCCUUACUUUGGAAUUACGAACGAGAAUGGCAGCACCCCAUCUGGCGGUCCUCAUACUGCUGCUUUUGAAGUUGCCGCUGGCAGUAGGGCUGCAUUCGACAAGGCUAUAAUGGUCGCGAAGAGCAUGGCUGGUGUUGCUGUUGAUGUCCUGACUGUUGACGGCAUGCUCGAACUGAUCAAGGAGGAAUUCGAGGCUACACAAACAAAUCGCAGAAGACGUAGGUCAUACCAUUAA